AUGUCAUCUGAUUAUUCAGACAUGCCGUUACCUCCUAACUGGGAGUCUCGACUCGACUCAGAAUCCGGCCACUGGUAUUAUAUCAAUCAUGAGGAUAAGACUACUAGUUGGGAUGAUCCACGACCUGCAUAUUAUUCUGCUCAACAAUUAGACCUUUUAAAUACUUAUCGAAUGGGUUUUGGUGAUCGACAAGAUUUGAUUGGUGAAUUUUUCGACAUACCUGAAAUUUCUUCUAAGUCACAAAAAAAUCCAAAAUCUAUUAACCCUAAACCAUGCGAUGAUCGUAGUAAAGAUGGUCCCGCUACAAAAACACAUCGUAGUCGAAUUGAACCAAAUGGAGAAAAUUCAUCACGAAAAGAUACUUAUUCCAAAGGAAGAACUACUUCAACACAUCGUAAUCGUGAAUCAAAAUCAAGUGUUUGUUCACAAAAUGAUAAUGAAUCAUAUCAUUCAUCAAUUUAUUUUUCACCGAAAACUAAUAAAAAAUCUAAAUAUGAUUCAUUAUUACCAAAAACACCAACAGAUAAUGAUGAUCACAAUGUUGAUGAUAAUGUUUUUGCUACGGAAUCAACUAAAAAAGGGGACACAUCAGAAUCCACACAAAAUGAUAAAGAAUCACUUCAAAUCAAUAAUUCCAGCAGGUUGUCGCUAGAAAAACACCUUGAUACUGCUGUUACUACUACAACUCUUACUUCCGAUACCGUUAUUCUCACUGAAAAUAAUCCAUUGCAAAAGGUUAAUACUACAGAAAUAUCGGUUGAAAAGCAGUCAUUGAAUAAUGGAUCAUCUAUAUAUCCAGACCAAACCAUGGGUUAA